AAUAUCGGGAGGGUAGCGCUCAGGCCGUACUAGCGGGUCGCAGCAGCUGCCCUGGCGUUCCCCGUCAACGCAAUCCCCCUUCCCCGCGCGCCCUUUUGCAUCUUCAAGAACUUCUUCAGGAUGAUGUCGAGGGUCACAGUCGCGCUUCGUUUUAAUAAAGCAGAAAUCGCCCAGAACGCCGCACAUCUAUGGCGACGGCGACGCCCAUGUCAUUUCCUUCCAUCCGCCAUUUUGUGGACUCAAACAAAGAGUUUGUGCGGUUUUUUUUAGACAGCCCCCGUCCUCUCUCAGAGCUAGGAAUUGGUAAUUACACGUAGGAACUGAAUCCUCAUGAGGGAUAUAUUGAUGGGAACCCGCAUCUAAUGCCAAAAUAUAUUUAUUGUAAUGUUAAUCAAUAAAGUAUUCUAGGGCCUGCGCGCCCGUCGCUGGGUGCAGAUACCUUCUCGCUACAGCCGGGAGCGCGCAAAGUCUUCUAAACAUAUGACCCGAGUUUAAAUGUCGGCGUUGUAGGCGCGCGGGGCAUCAUCGGAUGCAAAUCUUCGCCCUUCGAGUCGACGAUUUAUCCGCCUAAGGACCUCCAUAGCACCGAGGGGGACGAAAAUCAGGCGGAGCACGGUUCAAUUUGCGGAGAAGGGGCUGUCGGACAUUAUUGGAACGCUUGGUGGCUGGUGCUAGUCGCUAGCUACUCUGACGAUAUAUACGUACCGGCGGUGUGUCUCUGUGUGUGUCUCUUGGCGUUUUAAAGUGUUUCUGUGGCCCAACGCUAUGUCCGCGGGAUUACUGAGUGUGCGUAUCUAGUGCGUGAUCACCGCGGAAACAUGUCGAAGGACGUUAAUAAGGACGCGGAGGCGUAUGACAGGGAAUACGAUGCCUUUAUUAAGCAACUUGAGGAUUUCCACCAACAGAGAGGGACCCCAUUCAGACGUCUGCCUCGAGUCAACGGCAAAGGAGUCGACCUCUACUUGUUGUACGUCGUGGUGACGGCUCGCGGAGGAUGGCAGAAGGUGAAUGCCCGUGCCGAGUGGGAAGACAUCCUAGAGGAUUUCCGUCUGCCGCCAGGAUGCAUCAACUCCUCCACGGCCCUCAAACAUAUCUACAUAAGGUACUUAGAUGCCUACGAACGCGUCAACUUCCUCGGGGAGGAUGGCGAAGACCGGGGCACCGAGAUGGAUGAGGGAGAGGAUUCCCGUUCCAUGAGGACCAAAAGGACCAUACGUUCCCUCAACAACGUUCCCCUCUCCUACAACCACCAGCAACAUAAUGUCCACGACACACUCAGAUAUGGUGCCGCCCUGUCAACAGACUUGUACAAGGCUUCUUCAUAUGACAAGUUGGCGUUGUCAUUGAUCUCACCCCUACCAAAUGAACACGAUUUUGCAUUCAAUGUAUGUACCAUCCUAAGCAACGAAGGUCGUCAUGUGUUGCAGCUAAGUCAGUGUCCACGAUUGGUGGAGCACAUGCUUGGGCACACAGGAGUGUAUAAAGAUUGGGAAACUCAAAAGUAUUUUUUAACCAAUUAUAAGGAGACUAGAGGCAGGAGUUUAGUGCAGUUUUGGAUAGACUCUGUGAAAGACAGAAGUGUCUUAGACUUGCUAAUCCCUGAAACAUUUGAUAAACCAACAAACAGGCCUAUUGAGGCAAGUAAAGACAGCAGUUCAGAACAUAACACUAGUGGUGCUAUAGAAACUAGUAAUACGUUAAAUUUAAGCAGUGAAAGUCUGGCAAAUUUUGAUAACGAGACCUUUCUGUGUUGUGAUACUUUGGAAAAGAUUUCAAAUUCUACAUGCGUGGCCAAUGAGGCCAGUAUAUCCCUGGCAAAAAGAGUAGACAGUGGAAGUUAUGACAAUUUAGAAAACGCUGAAUGUGGAAGACUUGCAUUAGAUGCAACAGCACAAGCUCUCAAGAAGGAAUCCAUACUCAGAAGGCUGGAGAAGGUGUUAGAAUGUGAAGGGAGUGACUUGAAGUUACUGAAGGAAGAUGGGGAAAUUUUUCAUCUGGGCCGUGACCAUGGGGUGCAGGAUGCUGAAGGUUCACGGAUAAGUCAAAUCCUCCAUAUCAUCCGGAAUUUAUCCUUUGAAGAACAAAAUGUGGCGUGCCUUGCAAAGUCACAUACUUGCUUAAGAUUUUUAGUCUUGUGUAUGUGCUCACAGUGGGGUGGUUUAGCAGUAAAUGCUUUAGAUACAUUGGGAAACAUUGUACCCGAGGUAACGCUCCGCGAUCCGAGAAUAGAUUCCUGCUCUGCUUCGUUGCUGGAAAAUGUUUGCAAAGGCGUUGCUUCAGCAGAUAGGGCGUUCAUCUUGCGAUCUCUCGAAGUUCUUAACAAGUUGGCUAUGAAUGAUCCAAAUGAGGAGAUAUUGAAUAAUUACAUAGAACCAUCUGUUUAUAGUCAAAUAUGUCGAUACCUAACAAUCCAUGACAUAAUGUUGCUGAUUUACACACUGGAGUGUCUGUACUCCUUGUCAUCAUUGGGGACUCCUGCUUGUAAUGCUAUAGUUCGAGCAAAGGGAUCCAUACAUACACUUAUUUCUUUGCUGACGGUCGAGGCGCAGAGUUACGGACCUGAGGCUUGUAUUGGCAUGAAGGUUGUUGAGACUGUGACUGGUGUUGUGAGUGAGCCGGAGCCCAAUACAACAGCAGCGUCAGCAACCUCCACUUCCACGUCAACCACAACAACUUCCGCAACUGCAACUCACUUAGCAUCGGCAACGUCCACAGCAGUCACCACUCCUGUAACGUCGGCCACCAUCGCCACUACACCCAUAGUUAACAAGACUGUUAGCAAAACUACCCCAGGAGGCACUGCCACCCCAGGAGAUGCCAAAAAAAUUGCCAGCAGAAUAGUUCCCCCUGAAGUGGAAGAGUUUGUCAUUGAUUGGGUUAGGAAGAACUAUGAAGCAAAUGCUGGCAAUGCAAUUGAGCAGGCCAUUGUUUACAGACACUUUGCAGCCUCGAUGCAUGCCAUGGGCCGUAAGCAAGGGCUCAAUCCUGUGCUCUUAUCAAAUUGUGUGAGGAAAGUGUUUGGAACAGGAGUUGGUCCCAGUCGUCGACCAGUUGAGGAUGGUUCAGAGAAGUGGCACUACAACGGCAUAAGACGACGCGAUGGAAUCGUUGUCCCACCAAUGCCAGAGAAGAAACCUGUGAAAGUUGCGGGUGCGGCAGUUCCCGUGUUCACGCCUACACCUGUUCUAAAUACUGUCAGUACUAUCAACACGCAGGUGUCAGACAUUCGAAUUAAUUCCCCCAUUGUGGGUACCCCACAAAUAGUGACCGCACAGGCACAACCUGAAUCGAACGUUUCUCCGUCUUCUCCUAUUCUAAAGGCACAACUCUCUGCCCCUCUCAGACCGUCCCCACCACCACCAGCUAGACAACCACAGGCCAUGGUGAGUGGUACCAUGUCUCAGGGUGGGUAUAGCAGUGCACAGCAGACCCAAACCCCUCCGUCACCUCAGCAAGCGCAAGGAUCUGGAAGGGCAGAUAAUUCUGCUCUUAUCAAGAGUUUAUUGGCUAAUAAGGUAACUCCUGUGGGAGUAAAUCAGGCAGGCAGCAUGGACUCACUCCACCCCUCACCCCACUCACGUUCUGUACUUGUCCCCUCUGCACCACAACCACCUCCACCACAAACACCUCAGCAGCAGCAGCCGCAGCCACAGCCACAACAGCAGCAGCAACAACAGUUACAGCAACCCAGACCACCAACUGCAACAGUAUCCUAUGUGCAGGCUUUGUCUCAGGGCCCCCCAGGCCCACAGGGACCAAUACAUAGUCCAUCCAGUGUUGGGUCAAACAGUGGUUUGCAGGUAGUGACUGGAGUGGUUGGUGGAGGAGGAGGAGGAACAACCCCAGGUGUGUUUGGAGUGAAAGGGGUUGUGCAGGGACCAAGGCACCAGCUGACCAACCCACCAGUACAGGUGUCGAGAAACCUUCAAAAACAGUUGCAGCAACAGCCGACAGAUAGUAGUCAAGAUAGCAGCAAUGACUCUCAGCUUAGAAAAACACCCUUUAAUGGAAUUUGUAAUGAGGUUAGGAAGUGUGAGGAUGAUUCCAACUCAUUUCAUAAUGCUGGUGCUAACGAGAAGAAGGUUACGAGUUUUGAAGGUAUUCUUCAGAAUGGAAUAAAAUCUGAUGAUGUAGCUAUAAAAGAGGAGGAACUGUCUCUGAAAGUAGAGGAGUCAUCUGUGAAGGAAGAGGAUACCAGUGUCGCUGAAAACAAAACUAAAAAGAAUGUGUUGGCAGACUUGUUAGAGAGAACUGUGGGGGGAGAGAUUUUGAAUGGUGUCGUUGACCGAGAGUUGAGAAUAAGUGACAAAGGAUUGGAAUUUGUAAAUCAUGGACAGCAGCUGAAAAUUAACGGUCCUUUCACGGCAAACGGGCAGACAGGAGUCGAUUCCCCACAGGUCGGUGGAAUCAAGAGACCGGCAACUCCAGAUAACUCGCCCGUGAAAAGAAUGGCUUUGGAAGACCCUAGAGGUGCCGCAGAGUCAGAUAGUCGAAUCACCUUGUAUGUCAGUCAGAAUGGCAGUGAAAGUGGGGAGGUAAUUUCUCAAGGGCAGCAACAUCAGGUAGUAAUAACUCAGGGGCAACAACCAGGAAAUGUUGCCGUGAGUAAUGCCUCUCCGCAGAUGGUAGUGAGUCAGACAGUUUUGCCCAGCCAGCAACAAGUAGGGACAGCUCAGACUGUAGUUACUCCUCAGGGGCAAGUUAUCCUUCAAAGGUCUGCAGGUGCACCAACGGGAGUCAUAGUGCAGCAAGGGGGUCAAAUCAUUACGCAGGGAUCUGGUGCUGGACAGGUGAUCCAGCAAAUGAUACAAGGACAAUCAGGACAACCCCAGAAAGUUAUCUUGCACCAAAGCCAGUUAGGGCAGGUGAUAGGAGGGCAAGUCAUUCUCUCACAAGGAGGUGGCGGCCAGCAUCAAGUGGUGGUUCAAGGUGGGAAUAAUAUUCAGGGACAAGUUAUUAUGCAGAGUGUGCCACAUUGCCAGGGACAAGUGUUUAUGCAAGGUAGCAGUGCUCAAGGCCAGUUCGUAGUUGGUGGCAGCCAGGCCCAACAAGUGAUGGUUUCUAGUGCACAGGGUCAAACUAUGAUAGUAACUGGCAGUCAAGGCCAGCCUGUGGUGGUUAGUGGACAGCAGGGUGCAAGUGGACAGGUGGUCGUUCCAAGUAACGUGGGUGGGACAGUGCUUUUGACGCCGCACCAGCAGGGCUCUACUGCAAAGACGUUAAUCAUUUUACCAAAUCCAAAGAUGGUGUUGGCUGGAAGUCAGCAUCAAAGUGGCCAGGGGCAGCAGUUGGUGCUACCGAGGCAGGUCGCGGGUCAACAGGUGGUGCAGGUCGUGUCGUCCGGAACCACCGGACCCGUAGCCACGGUGACCACAGCCAUGAGAACAAUAAGGACAGCUACACCCAUAACAGAUAAUAGAGCUGUAUCCACUCCUCCUCCUCCUCCGGUCCAACAUGCCAGUGCAAACAGUAACAGUAGUAGUAGCAAUAGUAAUUUCAGUGUUCAGACAUCGGCUAAUUUACCCACUGCUGUUGCCCCAGCUCCAGCUGGUCCUACAGCUGUCCCAGUGUCACAAACAAUAGUAAGCCAAGGACCUCAAACACCUCAUGUCCCCGCUCCACAGGUGCUAUCCUCGGGUGUUGCCCGCCGUCAGGCAAAACCAAGUGGCUUACAAUAUUUGUGUGAAUGGCGAGGUUGCAAUCGAGCCUUUAGUAGUGCAGCCCAAGUAUACCACCACGCUUGUAAAAUUCAUUGCCCACCCUAUGUCAGUGAAUUGCAAUGUGGGUGGGCAGGCUGUGACACGAUGACGAGACGUAGAUUUAGUGCCAUGACACAUCUACAUGACCGGCAUUGCAAUGAGCAGCUACUACACAUUCUUGCGGUGAGGAGGUCACAGUUAGCGUCAGCAGGGAAGACAGAAAUCCCUAUACCUCAGGCUCCACCUCCCCAUCCUGGGUAUGCGCCCAAUGCCGCCUUCCAUGCCAUCAAGAGACAUGCUCUUGAAGUUAUCAAUCACAGGGAUGCUGUGGAGAAGGAGGGACCUGUAACCAAAAGUAUUCGUUUAACCUCGGCUUUGAUCCUGAGAAACCUAGUCAUUUACUCUAAUACAGGGAAAAAGUUGUUGCGAGGUUACGAAUCUGAGUUAUCAAAUGUGGCUAUUAGUACAAUGGAAUCUUCUCGAACUGUCGCUCAGAUCUUAUACGACAUAAGCCUUCCUGAUCAUCAGGGCAUGUAACGUGCUCUGCUUAUCACAAAAAGUUAAUUUAUAAUUUAAAAAAUGUAAUUUAUAUUAGGUAUAAUUUAUAUACAAUGAGGGCCAAUAUGUGCUGUUGAUAGUACACAUUGUGUGUUAACUUGCUUAGCACCAAAUAUUGUAACAUUAUUGGGGAAGCUUUAUUGGAAGGAAAGCUCAUGUGUUUUGGGCAUAAAGAGUGCAAUUUUUAAUUAAGAAUAAUAGACAAUGAUAACCUGAAUGGUAACGUAAAAAAAAAAAAAUUAGGGGUAAUUACUGUCGUGCCAGUGACUAGGUGAAAGGGUGAUAUCAUUGCUUGUCAGAGACUGCCUUGUAGUUUCUCGUUUCUUACUUUAGAAUUUGCAUUUAGGUGGAGAAAGGACAGAAGGGUGAAUUAUUGUUUUUUUUAUUUGUUUUUUAUUUUAAUUAGCACCUGUUAGUUUUCAGAGCUUAAACUAAAGUGGAAUUUUAUUAGUAAUCUCAUUUUGCUAUAAAAAAAAAUUAGCAAGUUCCUUAUUUUUUAUGAGCAGUUUAGCAUAAAAAAGGUGGAUCUGUCAGCACAAUUUUGUAAAUUUUGUACAGUAUAAAUAGGUCUGUUAUAAACUUCUGUACAUGUAGACUGUAGUAGAAAGUAUUUCUUCUGCAAAAGCAAGUAAAGACACGUAUCCUCCAAUAUUAUGCAAAAAAAAAAAAUAAUAAUAAAAGCGGAAGGGCGGGAGGGUUAGAGGCAGCUGUCGAUGUUGAUCUGACUCAAAGUACUAUCCCUCGGCACAAGAAGUCCGGCUGCUAUCGUAGGACUUCGGAUAUUGGUUUUGGGACUUGUGAACCUUGAAGUUGUGAUACCAAAUAAUAUAUCUUUUUUUAUUUGUUUUUUUAUUGCUUAAACUAUUAAAGAGAAAAAACUUUCUAUUUUCUAUCAUUAUUUGUAGGUUCAUAGAUAGUAUAUAUUAUUUUUUACCUGUUUGAAAUGUAGAUACUGGCCAAUGAAGUAACAUUAUUUCCCCCCAUCCCUUCAUAUGGAGCAUCUACUCCGUGCAUCAAAUACAUGAUUGGACGAAUUGGGAAGAUUUGCUUUUAAUAUUUCUUCACAAGAUGAAUUUUCAACAGAGCACUGUUUAAACUUGUACCUGAGUCACGUAAUGUAACUGUUCUGCUGUUUAGGUGUUCUUGUCAAAUCACGGCCAGAGAAAAAUGUCUGGUAUCAUAAGCGUAAUGGUAUAGGGUGCAUUUUGGCUUCUCGGUGGCGUUGUUAUUCCAUCCAAAAAAUUUUCGUUGUCAUGGAGAAGCGGAAUUGGAUAAGCAAGUUGCACAUACAAUAUACUAUAUUGGUUAGGUUUUAAUUUCUUUCCGUAGUUGUGCUCCUCACGUAGGAAACUUGCUCACCUAAGGUACCAUCAGGCUUUGUGUUGGUUACAUAGAUAACAAUGGUGAUGAUGGACCCCUGGUCUUGUCCGCAAAUAUCUAACUGUUAUGCUGCUGUUCUCUUUCGAUUGGUGAGAAUACGCAGACGCUGACUGUGAUGCCAACGACUUACAGUGACCAUGACACGGUGGUCAUCACUCACUGUAUUCAUUCCCAGAUCAACAGUUCUCUACAUUAUAUUCUUUUUUAACUUUCCCUGAUGCACUGAGCAUUGUCUUCGUUUAACUCGCCAAAAAUUUUUUUUUCUUUUUUAAUAAAAUAUUGUAAAUGUUAAUGUAAGUUUUCAUAAAAGUGAAAACUUUU